AUGGCCUACGAUGUAGCAUUUGAUGCCCUUACUUCUCGGGUUGAGGCAUGUGAGAAGACAGACCACAACUUUGCAGAUUUGACAACCCUAAAGGAUGAUAUUACUUGUUUGCGUCAAGAUGUAGAUGAGCUGAAAUCCAUUGACAUAUCAAUGUUGUGGGGAGGUGUAGAUAUCCCCAAGGACCCCAGUUCUGAGAUGCCUAUAAUUCCAGAUGUGUCUGAGAUCCCUCUAGCUUCUGUGACCGGAGAUGCUACUGCAUUUGAUAAGGAUGGGGAGUCCGACACACCCGAGACUGAUGAUGAGGAGAUAGAGGCUUGUGAGGAUGCAGUGUAUGAGGAUUUAGAGGACUUGGAAGGUGAUUGUCUACAGGUAUCCAUGGAGGCUUUAGUUCAUGAUACGUUAAUAGUUGGUUCUAGUGAGUCUAAGCCCACGGAGGGGAUCGUUGCGCAGCCUUCCAGAGUUGGAGAUGAGUAG